ACUUAGACAAUAUCUUCUUCUCCCUUUUAAAUUUAUAAUUUUUCCCCAUGGCUAAGAUAUCAUUUGCAGUACUACUAAUUAUAGUCUCAUUUGUUUUUGGAAUGAGCUCUGCUCAAUUGACUUCCAAUUUCUACUCUUCUUCAUGUCCAAAUGUCCUCUCAGUUAUUAAAACAGCUGUGGAUUCUGCUAUCUCUAAAGAGUCUCGAAUGGGGGCUUCUUUGCUUCGUCUUCAUUUCCACGAUUGCUUUGUUAAUGGUUGUGAUGCAUCUGUGCUAUUAGAUGAUACGUCAAGUUUCACCGGCGAGAAGACUGCUAAUCCGAAUAGUGGAUCAGUAAGGGGAUUUGAUGUGAUUGAUACUAUCAAAACUCAAGUGGAGUCAUCGUGCGCUGGAGUUGUAUCUUGUGCAGACAUUUUAGCUGUUGCAGCCAGAGACUCUGUUGUUAAACUUGGUGGACCUAGUUGGACUGUUCUACUCGGCAGAAGGGACUCAACAACUGCGAGUUUGAGUACAGCGAACAGCGACAUUCCUGCACCAACUUUGAACCUAAGUGGCCUUAUUACUUCCUUCUCUAACAAAGGUUUCAAUUCCAGGGAAAUGGUGGCUCUUUCAGGUUCUCACACACUAGGCCAAGCAAGGUGUACUACUUUUCGUGACCGUCUAUACAAUGAAACCAACAUAAAUACAUCAUUCGCGACAUCGCUUAAAUCAAAUUGUCCACAAAGUGGAAGUGACAACAACAUCUCUCCACUAGACAUUACAAGCCCAACCACAUUUGACAUUGCUUACUACAAGAAUUUGCGAAUUCAAAGGGGUCUUCUUCAUUCUGACCAACAACUCUUUAAUGGAGGCUCAACGGACUCUAUAGUUACCACUUAUAGCACCAAUUCAGCCACUUUCUUCACUGAUUUCGCGAAUGCCAUGGUUAAAAUGGGUAAUCUUAGCCCACUUACUGGCACCAACGGACAAAUCCGCAAAAAUUGCAGGAAAACCAAUUAAGGAUUCGCAUAAAAAUGAGAUUUUAAGAUUUGAUCUCGAGAUUUCAAGUGUUGCUUAUAUGUUUUUCGUUUUGUUGUAUUGCAAACUUUGAUGUUCUACAUUUUUAAUUUGGAGGUAAAGGUGGUAAAGUCCUCCCCCAUCCCCCAAAUGUUGUAACUUUUCCAUAUCUUGAAACAAAAUAAGUAUUGAUUCGA